ACUGAUGCCUGUUCUGGGCUGCAAGGAUUCCUGAUCUUCCACAGCUUUGGUGGGGGUACCGGCUCUGGCUUUACCUCCUUACUGAUGGAACGCCUCUCUGUGGAUUACGGAAAGAAAUCCAAACUGGAGUUUGCCAUCUACCCAGCCCCUCAGGUCUCCACCGCUGUGGUGGAGCCCUACAAUUCCAUCCUCACCACGCACACCACGCUGGAGCACUCGGACUGCGCCUUCAUGGUGGACAAUGAGGCCAUCUACGAUAUCUGCCGCCGAAAGCUGGACAUCGAGCGCCCCACGUACACUAACCUCAACCGCCUCAUCAGUCAGAUCGUCUCCUCCAUCACCGCCUCGCUGCGCUUCGACGGUGCCCUCAACGUGGAUCUGACGGAGUUCCAGACAAACCUGGUGCCCUACCCGCGCAUCCACUUCCCCUUAGUGACCUACGCCCCCAUCAUCUCCUCUGACAGAGCAUAUCACGAGCAGCUCUCGGUGGCUGAAAUCACCAACGCCUGCUUUGAGCCCAACAACCAGAUGGUGAAGUGUGACCCAAGACAUGGGAAGUACAUGGCCUGCUGCAUGCUCUACCGUGGCGACGUAGUUCCCAAAGACGUCAACGUAGCAAUUGCUGCCAUCAAGACCAAGAGAACCAUCCAGUUUGUUGACUGGUGUCCAACAGGCUUCAAGGUGA